AUGGCGAACUACACAGCUAUCUCGAGCAGCCUCCAGCUUGAAGAACUGAUCCACGAGAACGAGUACACGCUCAUCGACUUCUGGGCCACAUGGUGUCCACCCUGCAAAGCCAUUGCGCCUUUCUUCGAGAAACUGGCAAAGGAGAAUGCGACGGAUAAGAAGCUAGCGUUCGUCAAGGUGGACGUUGAUGCGACCAAGGACGUUGCGCAGCAGUACAAAAUCUCCGCUAUGCCUACGUUUCUGCUGCUGAGAAAUGGGGUCGUUUGCAAGGCUGUGAGAGGCGCGGAUGCAAAGGCAAUCACAAAAUUGGUGACGUAUGCGCGGAAGAAGGGAAAUGGAGAGAAGACUACAGAUGAGGAAGAGGAGGAAUUUAGUCAAAUUGAAUUCGGAGGAGGCGCGUCGGGGUAA